AAGUGUAAUUUCUUCUUGUUUUUAAGUGCAUAUUUUCCAGCUCAAUGUAAUAGAAAAGGUUUUUUUUUUUUUUUUUUUUGAAUAAAGAAAAGGCUUACUAUUGAUAUCGGGUUUUGAUUGAGAGGGGGAAUAGAGAGGCAGAGUAGUCGAGGGAAAUAGUUGGAGAGAUUGUGAGUUGAUUGAGAAGCAAAGAAGAAUAUGGCGGAAGAUUCAUCAUCCAAAUCGCCCUUCACGAAGUACUGGUCAGGUUACAAAGAGUUUUGGAGCGAGAGGUUUUCGUUUUUGGAUCACUUCACCAACUUCGUCAACCGUGAAAAACCCCUUCCCCGUUGGACUCCUUCCGAUGUUGAAGAAUUUAUUGCUUCCGACCCUGUUCAUGGCCCCACUCUGAAGACUACAAGAGAAGCAAUGAAUUAUGGCAUCACAGGAAGUGUAAUUGGAGCAGUAUCAACUGCUGGGGUUGCCUGGAAGUAUUCAAGGAGUUUGCAUGGUGCUGGACUAUCUCUUCUAGCCGGGGGUGUUUUUGGUUGGACUUUCGGACAAGAAGCUGCAAACCAUGCCCUGCAGCUCUACAAGCUGGACACCAUGGUUGCUCAAACCAAGUUCUUGGAGUGGUGGGAAAACAAAACUCAAGGACGAUUCUGAACGAUGAAAUAACUAACGUCCUUCUGCAGCAAUAAAGUUCCAAAUUCUCCUUUGCUUUAUGUAGACUGUUCUAAUGAACUGGAGAAUUUUUCUCUUUUCAGAAAUAAAAUUGCAACUUUUUCUUGUGGGUUGGCUUC